UACUUAUUCUCUUCGAAUUAAAUUCCUUUCCGUUUGUUCUGCUCUACGUUUAAAAACGCAUUACAAAGAUAAUGGAUUUCGACAGAGCAUUAGAUAAUAUUAUUAAAGAUAAUGAAUUAAAGGCAAUGGGUAAAUUGGACUAUAAUAAAAGUCUUGCCGAAAUCAUCUCCGAUAAAGAGAGACGUGAACAAAAACUGUGCUAUGAACGUCGUCGUUAUGCCAAGCGCAAAAAUUGGAGCAACUGGCGGCAAUGGAGUUACACACAUCGUGACCACCGCACUUUCCAAAAAAAGGUUUUUAAUUACACACUUAUGAUUUAUAAGCUUGAGAAAAAUGUGACAAAUGAUGACCUUAAGCUUAUUUUUGAGGAAUCUGUAGAAAUUCAAAGUAGAUGCUCUAAAAGCUAUUACAUGGAAUAAAAGUGGGUGGGACAGCAAUGCUAUUUAAACUGGAAGACAUAUAUCUUCAAAAUUUAGCUGCAAAACAUCGCGUUGCCCCUUAUCAACCAAGAAGUUUCAAUCGUUUUAUUCCACUUACUAAAAUGCUAAUUUUAUUUAAAAUUAUAAAUUCACACUUUUGUUACGCUCUUAUAAAGUGUAUAUGUUUUAAUAUAGUAAAGUUAA